UUCCAUAACUUUACAUUUGUCGACCUCUCAUUGGUUGCUUCUGCACAUAGUUUGGAGAGAGAGAGAGAGACAGAGACAGAGACAGAGACAGACGACGAUGGCGAAGCAGAGGAAGAAGAGAGGUCGGCCCUCCUCAAAUAACUCAGUGAUUGAAGCAGAAGAAGAGACAGAAAACGAGGUCAAGAACGAUGAAGUUUCAGGGUACGAGCAGUCCAGAGACCAAAGAAUCAAAGAGAAUCUCCAGAGAAUGCAGAAACUUGGGAUUUUGGACCUCUCUCGACAGCUCAACCCACCUUCAAAGCGUCCCAAAAAAAACCCUUCUCAGAAGAAGCCUUCUUUGCCCUCCUCUGAUCCCCCCAGACGCCCUAGCCCAUCUUCUCGUAUUAAGUUUAGGUCAAAGAAUGGAGUGUGUUUUAAAUUUGAUAUAGGUUUGAGUCUAAGGAUUGGAGAUGCCCAUGAGAGGCAUUGUUUUACUUUCAUUUUCUUUUCCCCUUUCCCACCAUCCAAACGGAUAUUUUCAACUUUGGUUGGUUUGUUUAGGUUGAUGGCAGUGACUCGGGUUACUUACAAGGAAGUGAGCGCUCCAAAGAAGAAACACAAAUCGGAGGAGAGUGAUGAAAUUGAAAUUGUUAUGAAAGAAGGUUCGAAGCCGGAGAUAUAUACAGAAGAGGAUGAGAAGCUUUUGGGGGAUUGUGAGACAGCUUGGAUUCUGAAUGUGGAUGGAUAUGGCGAAGAUGGGGAGCGAAUAUAUGAUCCUUUCUUCGGGAAGUCUUGCCAUCAAUGCAGGCAGAAAACUAUUGGUCACCGUACCAAUUGCAGCAAGUGCAAGUUGGGCCGAGGGCAGUUUUGUGGAGAUUGCUUAUACACAAGAUACGGGGAGAAUAUUUUGGAAGCAAACCAAAAUCCAAAUUGGAUUUGCCCUGUAUGUCGAGGAAUUUGCAAUUGUAGUCGUUGUCGACGUGCUAAAGGAUGGGAACCUACUGCUGCUAUUUAUACAAAGGUUUCAAAACGUGGCUUCAAGUCUGUGGCACACUAUCUCAUUCAAACCCGUCGUUCUCAAACAAAGCAAGAAGAGCCAGCUGAUGGAGACCUAGUUUCUGCUGAUAAAUCCCCCUUUGCAGAUGUAGAAGUGAAGUCACCCUUGCAUGAUGAGGGUGUUGACUCGCAACUCACUCAUGAUGGAGUCCCAAACCCUCAAUCUCAGGACAACAACAAUGUGGAAGAGUACAGCGAUGAUGAAUAUAAAGAAGAGGAUGAUAAUCAUGACAGCACUGAUACUGAUGAUGAUGAUGAUGAUGAUGAUGAUGAUGAUUGACUUAAAGCAUUGUGCAUAGCCUGCUCUUGCCACUGUGGUAGUUCAUAACCAUUAGAUUCACUCAGAAUUUGUGCAUUUUGGGAACAAAACCUCCUUUUUUGACCAUAACGAAAUGCAAAUGGCGGUGGCUGUAUAAGAAUCAACCAACACAUGCUUUUGUUUUUCUUUUUGUUUUUGUAAAGGUACUAAUGUUGCUAAGAAAUUUCUACAGGAGAAUCUCUUUCUUUGGAUCUUUGGGCAAUGAUAGUACUGUUGUAUGGAGAAGCUUGAAUGCAUUUUGUAGACA